UAAGGUCAUAAAGAUCAUCGACUGUUGCCCUUACCAGUUCUCCGUCACAAGUGUUAUUAAAGUGGUUAUGAAUAAUUUCAUAACAAUUAUGUGAAAUGAAAUUGUGGACUUCUAUAUAAGAUGAUAAGAAUAAUCACACUUUAACACGGUGUAUGCAACAAUUUGCUUUAAAAAAAUGCAUCGAGAAAUAUCUCCAACAUUAAAAGAAAUAUGUCGACAAGAUUUAAAUGAAGUUGAAGAAAGGACCGAAACUGAUAUUUUACAUAUUCGGCAAUGGAUGGAAAAGCAAAGACAUCUAAAUUUCGUUAUUGAUGACCAAUUAAUUUUGGCAUUCCUUCGGUGCAGCAAAUUCAGCUUGGAACGCGUGAAGGACAAAAUUGACAACUAUUAUACCAUGAGGACACUUUCUCCUGAACUAUACGAAAAUAGAGACCCUUUAUCACCGGAAAUACAAAGAUUAUUGCAUGUUGGAGCAGUUCUACCGUUACCUAAGGUUGAGAGUGGCAGCAAUUGCAGAAUAAUUUUCUUGAACCUUGGUGAAAAUGUUGACUACGACACUAUGCCUUUCCGAAAUAUUCUGAAACUGUUUUAUAUGGUUACAGACAUACUGUUACUAGAGGACGAUUAUGCUGUAAUUGGUGGUUUAAAGGUCAUCAUGCAAUGUAAAAAUCCAAAUCCCAAAUAUAUGCUAGAGUUGACACCAACGUUUAUGAAAAAGCAUGCGUUAUUGAUAGAAAAAGGACUUCCUUUUAGAUUGCGCGCUGCGUAUUUCAUGAACUUACAUGCAAUAUUUCAAUAUGUAUUUGACUUGCUAAAGAAGAUGCUACCGUCAAAAAUGAGCCGUAGGUUGGAGGUAUUUGACGACACCAAGCUGCAGCAACUUUACAAGUUGACACCGCAAAGCGCAUUGCCGAAAGAAUGGGGCGGUGAUAAUGGAUCUCUUGGAGAAUUAACUGUUUUAGUAACUUGGAAAGAAAAUGUGCAAAGUUACCGAGAUUGGUUUUUGCAAAACGAAAAACUAAAGUCUAACGAAGACUUACGUCAAGGACCAUCUAAAACAUACCUGCACGAUUUUGAUAUUGAAGGAUCGUUUAGGCAACUGAAUAUCGAUUAAGAUAAAUAUGACUGCUACUAGGAAUAAGAGAACAAUCGUGUAGUGAAAACUAAUGGGUGGCGGAUUUAUUUUUAACCGUGAAUUUACUUCUUCGUUUGGAAGUUUAUCGGAUGAGCGUGCUCUCAUUUAAGUAAAUUCUGGCUGAACGGCUGAACCGAUUGGAACCAAAUUUCGUACACAUACUCUUAGAUAUAAAAGGAAGAGCUGAAAAGAGAAAAAUUGCUGUGGCUAACAAAGAUGCCACCCUCAUACGUACAUGCGUGAUUUUGCGCAAAAGCUUUUCAGCUCUCCCUUUUAUGUCUAAGAAUAUUCAUUGGUUCCCGAGUUGGUUCCAAUCGGUUCAGCCGGAAGUAAGAGUACAGACCGACAUUAUCGAGAUUUUGUUUGCUUUGGAUUCUUGAUGCUUUAAAACGUGUAUUUCCUCCCUUACUAACCGUGCCGGCGGUAAGAAGUUGUCUGGCUCAAAAUGAACUUAAGGAUGUGACACUGUAAUACUCGUAGAUCCUGAGCCCCUUCAGAUGAGUGGGGCGAUAAAAUUUUUUGGCACAUCCAUUGUUUGCUUUUAUUAAAGAAACCUACAACAAAAAUGUUGAUCAAAUUGUUUCCCAAAUAAGGAAGUUGCCUAUUGCGCAUGCGUGGUUUUGGAGGCUAAUUAUAAUUAUUUUAUAUGGUUACAGACAUUCAACCCUAUGCUGUAUCACUCUCGUUAUUCUAUACGAUCAAUCGUUAUCGCAGUUUAACGAUCAACGGUUAUGAUGACCACAACGACUAUCGAUAAUAUGAUAAACGCGAUAUGCUGUAUCAAUAUUUUAACGGUAUCGUUACGUUGUCCGGUAUCUCGCAGUGGCUAUUUCGGAAA